GCUUGACAUCAUCCUAGCAAGCUUUCAAGAUACAUGGAUGGGAUAAUUUGGGUCAAUUCAAUUCUUCUGUCGCAGAAGCCGAGUUUCUUGCUCCUUGCUUCCACCCAUUGUCAAAAAACAUAGUCGAAUCAGCAGCCAUGGAAUACGAUCCUCAAGCUCCCCCCUGCCUGACAAGUGAUCCGCUCUCGUUUGCCUGGACUUCGGCUCGAGAACGAUGGCCUGUAAUUUUGACAGGAGCGAUUGACGACAUUCACAAGGCCACAGCUCGCAGCCAAAACCCAGAGGAAGCCGCCGAAGGCAAGAAGAUUACAGAGGCAAUUGCUACGCUGAAAUAUGAGCUUCAGCAUAACAGGAAGCUGACUCCGUUGCCUGAUGAUGGACAACCAGACAUCAAGUCUUAUAACGAAGAGCUAGAAAAGCGUUCGAAUCCGCAGUGGCAUGGCGUCAACUGGCUGUACUCAGAAUGCUAUCUCUACCGUCGUCUCGCAACGAUCUUUGCAAACUCCACGCACUGGAAGCAGUACGAUGUGUUUGCCAAGCAGAAAAUGUCCACAUUUCGUUCGUCGCGCCCUGCAGUGCUUGAGCUCGCUGCGCGAUACAAUGAACUGGUGAACCAACUUGAUGGGAAGCCUGACCCGACUGCCGAGGUAUCUGAAGCGGACAAGGAUGCCGCUGAGAAGCUGCUCUUCGCCGAGAUGUGUGACAUUUGCCUAUGGGGCAACGCCACCGAUCUUUCACUCCUCACAAACUUGACCUACGACGAUAUUCAGAAGCUCCAGGGUAGCGAGGCGCGGAAAAAGAACGAGAAGAACAUCAUUACAAACGAUCUCGACGCCGCGUAUACUACGCUCAGAGAUGCGCGGAAAAACAAUCCCAAAGGAGACCGACAGAUCGACAUCGUGCUUGAUAAUUCCGGCUUCGAGCUGUACGUCGACCUCAUCCUUGCCGGCUACCUCUUGCAUGCAGGUCUUGCCACACGAGUUGUACUUCAUCCCAAGAACAUACCGUGGUUCGUAUCCGACGUGACACCUAAAGACUUUGGCGCCCUUCUCAACGCUCUUUUCGAUGCCAAACGACUUUACGAAACACCUUCUGAGGACGAGACAGCACAAGGAAUCACGCCAAAUGCUCUCAGUGACGAUCAAUCCAUCCUACUCACUGAGCUGUUCAGAGACUGGGCUCAGCUCCAUGCCGAUGGAAAAAUCCUCCUACGAUCGAACAUUUUCUGGACUGCGCCGGGUGCCUACUGGCGGUUGCCACGCGUUGCGCCGGAUCUAUUCGCUGAUCUGCAACAAAGUGAGCUUGUCGUAUUUAAGGGCGACUUGAAUUACCGCAAGCUCGUUGGUGAUGUACUAUGGGAUCCUACCACACCAUUCGCAGAAGCUGUUGGGCCAUUGGGUCCCGGGUCCGGCAUGCGCACUUUGGCGCUGCGGACUUGCAAAGCGGACGUCGUUGUUGGCCUCGCGAAAGGAAAGGAUGAGGAACUGAGACAGACGGAAGGUGGAGGUGGAGAUUCUGGACAACGAAAAUGGGCCUGGUCGGGGAAGUAUGCUGUUGUGAGCUUCGUGGACGGAAAAGCAAAGAACGGGAAAUGAGAGCGGCUUCCAUAUGUCAUACGAUGCUUGUCAUUUGACUGGCAGUCAUACACGAUAGAACAAGCGAUUACUUUGGCCAUGAUCAUCCAGGCAUGUUGACAGGUGGAGUGUCGUGGCUCUAGGGGCUAUCCUUCACCUUACGAAUCUACACAUGUAGUUGCGAUGAGUUGGGAAUUUCAGUACUGCGAGAACUUGAC